AUGGACAGGAACAGGUUGGAUUUAAGAUUGCAUGAUUCCGGAUCAACGCAGUCAGACGAAUCUGCUUUGGAUAUGGAAAGAAACUGUUGCAAUCAUUCUAGUCUUCCUUGGUCAAGUCCAUCCUCAUUGCAGCCCAUUGCAUCAGGCGGUCAGCACUCAGAAAAUAAUGCUGCCUACUUCUCUUGGCCUACCCUUAGUAGAUUGAAUGACACGGCCGAGGAUAGAGCCAACUAUUUUGGUAACCUUCAGAAGGGGGUGUUGCCAGAAACUCUUGGCAGGUUACCUUCAGGGCAGCGAGCCACCACUUUACUUGAAUUGAUGACUAUCAGGGCAUUUCACAGCAAAAUCUUGCGUCGGUUUAGCCUUGGCACGGCGAUUGGGUUUAGGAUCCAAAGGGGUGUUUUAACUGACAUUCCUGCUAUUCUUGUCUUUGUUGCCCGCAAAGUACAUAGACAAUGGCUAAGUCAUGUCCAGUGUCUACCUUCUGCCCUUGAGGGACCAGGAGGUGUUUGGUGUGAUGUGGAUGUGGUCGAAUUCUCAUACUUUGGUGCUCCUGCCCCUACGCCUAAGGAACAACUGUAUACUGAGCUUGUUGAUGGGUUAAGGGGAGGUGAUCCAUCAAUUGGUUCUGGAUCCCAGGUGGCUAAUCAAGAAACCUACGGAACCUUGGGUGCUAUAGUGAAGAGCCGAACAGGAAACAGACAGGUCGGUUUUCUCACAAAUCGACAUGUUGCAGUUGAUUUGGAUUAUCCAAACCAGAAAAUGUUUCAUCCUUUACCUCCCAGCCUUGGGCCUGGGGUUUACUUGGGCGCGGUGGAGAGAGCAACCUCUUUCAUCACGGAUGAGCUAUGGUAUGGAAUAUUUGCUGGAACAAACCCAGAAACAUUUGUGCGGGCGGAUGGUGCCUUCAUUCCUUUUGCAGAAGAUUUCAACAUGAACAAUGUCACUACAUUGGUCAAAGAUGUGGGAGAGAUUGGUGAUGUACAUGUAAUAGACUUGCAAUCUCCGAUCAGCAGUCUCAUUGGCAGGCAAGUGGUGAAAGUAGGAAGAAGCUCUGGAUUGACAACUGGUACAAUAAUGGCCUAUGCUCUGGAGUACAAUGAUGAGAAAGGGAUUUGCUUCUUUACUGAUUUCCUUGUCGUCGGGGAGAAUGAGCAGCAACCAUUUGAUCUUGAAGGGGAUAGUGGUAGCCUCAUUCUCUUAACUGGCGAGAAGCCACGACCAGUUGGAAUAAUUUGGGGUGGGACUGCUAACCGAGGCAGGUUGAAGUUAAAAGUGGGCCAACCACCAGAGAAUUGGACUAGUGGGGUUGAUCUUGGCCGCCUACUUGAUCUCCUUGAACUUGAUCUCAUCACAACGGCAGAAGGACUUCAAGCUGCAGUGCGAGAUCAAAGAAACGCAUCAGCGACAGCAAUCGAUUCUACUGUUGGAGAGUCGUCACCUCUUACUGUACGAGUUCCAUCAUCGACCAAAAAAAUGGAAGAGUGCUUUGAGCCCUUUAAUUUGAACGAUAUUAGUCAAGUUGAAUACGAAUUGCACGAGACACCAACACCUCCUUCUAUCCGGCACGAGUUCCACAUAGAUGAUGGUGCAGAAGUCACUCCCAGUGUAGAACACCAGUUCAUUCCAAGCAGCUUCACAGUGGGUUCUCUGGCCCACGUUGACAACAAGCAGCAGAAGCAACCGAAAGAGGACCACGAACUGAAGAAGGACCUUUCAGCAUUAUUGCAGAAUGGAGCCGGUGAAGAGAUGUCUGUGUCAUUGCAGUUGGGUGAGCCUGAGCCAAAGAAGAGAAGAAAGCAGCCUGGAUCAUCUCUCAGCAUUAAAGAAGAAUCAAAAUGA